ACGGCCGCAGCGGCAGCAACGUCACUCUGUGAAGAUACCCUUGCGCAUAUCCUUCUUCUCUAUACUCGUGUCUAUUCACUACAACACCCACGAAUCUACCCCCAGUGCACCGCUGCCAUCGAAGCGCUCAUGGUACUUGCCCGCGUGGCCAACUUCUUCACAAACGGAGACUCUACCACCAACCUGACCGACGGUAGCCGGAGACAUGGCGCAAAUACAGCACACGCAGUGGAACUUCCCAUGGAGGAUACCAAACGGACAGCAAUGGAAGACGAGAUAGACGAGGAAGCAGCGCGGCCGCCCUACCUACAUGCAAUGCUGGCAGGAGGGAUAGGAGGUACCACGGGUGACAUGUUGAUGCAUUCGCUGGAUACGGUCAAGACGCGACAACAGGGCGACCCGCACAUGCCACCCAAGUACACGUCCAUGGGCAACACAUACUACACCAUAUGGCGGCAAGAAGGCUUUCGGAAAGGAUUGUACGGGGGAGUGAAGCCGGCGUUUCUUGGGUCGUUCUCAGGCACUGUGUGCUUCUUCGGGGCAUAUGAGUGGACCAAGCGGACCAUGAUUGACUAUGGGGUUGCGCCCUCGGUCGCAUACUUCUCAGCCGGUCUACUCGCUGAUCUCGCUGCUGCCCCCGCAUACGUCCCCUCUGAAGUCCUCAAGACUCGCCUGCAAUUACAAGGCCGCUACAACAACCCCUACUUCAACUCAGGCUACAACUACCGCGGAACCAUCGACGCCGCGCGAACAAUAGCCAGGGUUGAAGGCUAUAGCGCCCUCUUCCAUGGGUACAAGGCCACGCUCUGGCGCGACCUCCCGUUCUCAGCACUACAAUUUGCCUUUUACGAAGAAGAGCGGGACUGGGCGAAGAAGUACAUGGGCUCAAACAACAUCGGACUACCGCUAGAAAUCGCAACCGCAGCGACCGCAGGCGGCAUGGCAGGCGUCAUAACAACCCCUCUCGAUGUAGUCAAGACUCGCAUCCAAACCCAACACAACGGCCCAUCCCCCGCCUCUCCAACCGUACCCAAAGCCUCCAUAUCGCCUGCCGCGACCUCAAAACACUCCACCCCCUCGCAAACAACUAAGCCGCCAUCGACACAAAGUAGACCAAUAUCCACAUCUUCCCCCUCCACGACCCUCAAAGCCCACGGUGCCGCAACCCUCGACACAUCAUCCGUCAUGACCGGCCUGAAAAUAAUAUACAAGACAGAAGGAAUGGCGGGGUGGUUCAGAGGUGUCGGACCGCGCGCUGUCUGGACAAGCGUGCAGUCGGGCACUAUGUUGGUACUGUACCAAACGCUACUGCGGUAUUUCGAACAACAUCCGCUGUCAGGGGGCGGUGAUGUAUAAACAAACGUAUUUGUACGACUUGUAAGAGUAAAGAUAGGGAGGGAGAAGAGCAUGAAUGAGGAUACGUAUAUGGAGGAUUAUAGAUGCAUUCAGCGGCGUUUACUUGUAGAUAUACGUGUCGCUGUAACAACAGCGAAUCUUCAAAGCGAUAGAAUUGUGCUUUACCAAGACAUUUACACUCAUGA